AACGGCCGCCUCUACAGCCGGCGCAGCCCCUGAGACUCGGCCGGACCGCUGUCGCCGCCGCCAUGGCUCAGUACAAGGGUGCCGCGAGCGAGGCGGGCCGCGCCAUGCACCUGAUGAAGAAGCGGGAGAAGCAGCGCGAGCAGAUGGAGCAGAUGAAGCAGAGGAUCGCGGAGGAGAACAUAAUGAAAUCCAACAUUGACAAGAAGUUCUCUGCGCACUACGAUGCCGUGGAGGCGGAACUCAAGUCCAGCACCGUGGGUCUUGUGACGCUGAACGACAUGAAGGCGAAGCAGGAGGCCCUGGUGAAGGAGCGGGAGAAGCAGCUGGCGAAGAAGGAGCAGUCGAAGGAGCUGCAGCUGAAGCUGGAGAAGCUGCGCGAGAAGGAGCGCAAGAAGGAGGCCAAGCGGAAGAUCUCCAGCCUGUCCUUCACCCUGGAGGAAGAAGACGAGGCAGGCCAGGAGGAGGAGGAGGCGACCAUAGACGAGGAGGAGCUGGAGAGAGAAGAGAUCACCGCAAAGAAGAGGAAACUGGGGAAAAACCCAGAUGUGGACACGAGCUUCUUGCCUGACCGAGACCGGGAGGAGGAGGAGAAUCGGCUCCGGGAGGAGCUACGGCAGGAGUGGGAAGCCAAGCAGGAGAAGAUCAAGAGCGAGGAGAUCGAGAUCACCUUCAGUUACUGGGAUGGCUCUGGGCACCGGCGCACAGUCGAGAUGAAAAAGGGCAACACGAUGCAGCAGUUCCUGCAGAAGGCCCUCGAGAUCCUGCGCAAAGACUUCAGCGAGCUCAGGUCGGCAGGGGUGGAGCAGCUCAUGUACAUCAAGGAGGACCUAAUCAUACCCCACCACCACAGCUUCUAUGACUUCAUCGUCACCAAGGCGCGAGGGAAGAGCGGGCCCCUCUUCAAUUUCGACGUUCACGAUGACGUGCGGCUGCUCAGCGACGCCACCGUGGAGAAGGAUGAGUCGCACGCGGGCAAGGUGGUGCUGCGGGGCUGGUACGAGAAGAACAAGCACAUCUUCCCCGCCAGCCGCUGGGAGCCCUAUGACCCUGAGAAGAAGUGGGACAAGUACACGAUCCGGUGAUGUGGCAGCAGCGCGGCCCCAGCUCCUCCGGCUCCCUGCGGCCCCCUCCCUACGUCCCCAGGAUUCCGGGCGCCCGGCUCCCCGCUCCCUAGACGUGACGGGGCCUGCUCAGCCCCUGCCCCUGGCGCUGUUGUUUACCGCCUUUUUCUUUUAGGACAAAGAGAUACACGCG